CCCAUGGCGCCGCGCCGCUUCCGCCGCUUUAAAGGGGCCGCGCUCGCGGGAGCCCCCGGCAGCGGCGAGCAGCGGCGGCACCGGCCCCACCUGCAGCCCCGAGCGCGGCCCGGCCCGGCCCGGCCCGGCCCGGCGGCACCGGCCGCAGCCCGCCCCCGUUCCCGGCCGAGGCUGCCCGCUCGGCCACCGGCACCGGCCCGGUGAGGGGGCUCCGAGGAGCGGCCGCGCGUGAGCCUGACCCGGCGGGGCCGGAACCGGCAGGGCCCGGCCCGAAAAGGGGUCUGGGAGGACCCGCCGCGCGUGACGCUGCACCGGGCAGCUGGUGCCGGUACCGGCAGGGCCCGACCCGUCCAGGCGUCUGGAGGACCGGUACCGGCAGGGCCCGACCCGUCCAGGCGUCUCGAGGACCGGCCCCGCGUGAGCCGGUACCGGCAGGGCCCGACCCGUCCAGGCGUCUCGAGGACCGGUACCGGCAGGGCCCGACCCGUCCAGGCGUCUCGAGGACCGGCCACGCGCUUUGCAUAAUGUUAGGAAGUACGGCCACUUUUAUUUUAUUUUGGAGGGACUCCCUUUUUUACAGAAGGUGGAAGGACGCUCUGCCGGGAAGCAGCCGUUAGCGAUGAGCCCAGCCCAGAGAGAGCCUUAAGCAGUAACGGCAGGAAAGCGGUGCGUGGAGUGAUGUUAAAAUGAAAAGGUGCUGUGAGGGUGUUGGGCUGCCAUGCCUGUUCAAGGGCAUUGGUAUGGCCAGCCCUCGGCCUCCAAAAUACCUCCUCAUCUUCGACUUCGACGAGACCAUCAUCAACGAGAACAGUGAUGACUCCAUCAUCAGGGCCGCGCCGGGGCAAGAGCUUCCAGAACACAUCCGCCAAACCUUCCGCGACGGCUUCUACAACGAGUACAUGCAGGGCGUCUUGGAGUACAUGGGGGACCAGGGAGUUAAGAUGGGGGACUUCAAGACUGUCUAUGAGAACAUCCCCCUGUCCCCCGGCAUGCCAGAGCUCUUCCAGUUCCUCUCCAAGAACCACGAGAUGUUUGAGAUCAUCCUCAUCUCCGAUGCCAACAUGUUUGGCAUCGAAUGCAGUCUGAGGGCAGCUGGUGCCUACUCCCUCUUCCGCAAAAUCUUCAGCAACCCGUCUGGCUUUGACAAGAGGGGUUACUUUACCUUGGGGCCCUACCACAGUCACAAGUGCCUUGACUGCCCGGCCAACAUGUGCAAACGCAAAAUCCUAACGGAGUACCUGGCCGAGAGAGCCCAGGAGGAGGUGGAGUUCGAGAGGGUCUUUUACAUCGGCGAUGGCGCCAAUGACUUCUGCCCUUCUGUGACUUUGACUUCAAGUGAUGUUGCUUUCCCACGGAAGGGCUACCCCAUGCACCAGAUGGCCCAAGAGAUGGAGAAGAAGCAGCCCGGAGCCUUCCAGGCCACUGUCGUAGCCUGGGAUUCGGCUACAGAAGUUGCCCACUAUCUCCAGGAGGUCCUCAAGAAAAAAUGUUGAGGAUGGCUGAAAAGGGACUUGCUUACUAUAAGCAGCUGGGAAAGGAGAAGUUCAGGGGUAGGUCCCCUACCUCGCACUCAUCUGGCACUGCUUCUCACUCAGACUCCAAUUCCUGGGUUACUUCCCUUGCCUUCUUCCCCUUUCUCACAGCCAGCCUCCCUUUUUCCCAUUACGCUAAAGCACUUUCUCUAGGUCCCGAUACUCCUUCCCCUUGAGAAUGAGAUGAAGUCUCCUCUAUGCAGCUAGGACAUCUACUCAAGCGUGGGUGUUUGGUGACACUAAUUUUUUUUUUUUCCCCCUUUAGACUUCACAAGAGCAAUUCUUAAAACCACACCCCAGCUCUCCUGCAGGCUGGGCCAUGCUCACGCUUCCUUUUGCCUUGACCCCAGCACCUUGUCUCUCCUCCGUUGCUUACUCCUCCCUUAGCUCCGUUAUGGCCUCUCUCCUCCCUCUGAUCCCUACAGGCCAAGCCAGGAUCUGCUUACUGUUGCCUUGAACCUGAUUCUCCAAGAGCUCCUUGCCUCUCCGAGAGGUCACUGGAAACUUAAUCCAGGAAGCUUCUGCUGAUGUUGGCCCCCCCGGCUUGCACGUCGCACCCCGCUUCGGGAGGGUCUCGCCCGGCGCUUCACCCUCCGUGCGGUGAGCUUCACGGGAGGACGCUGUGAGCGCUGCGCUUGAUUCAGGCCGGGGGCAUAGGGGGAUGCAAUGGAUCUAACUGUCUCUUAAGACUUUGUUCUCUAAAAAGCGUGAAGGGAGUAACAGGAAACCUUUCGGAAAGGUGGUACCCGUGUCGCCCUUGGAAAACCUCCUGCAGGUCCCGUUCCCCAGGCCACGUUCACGUUUGACACAUCCCAGCGGGGAUGCGCUUCGCUGAGGAGGACACAACCCACCUUUGGCUUCCACUUUGCUGGUUUCGCUUCCAGGGCAGAACGUCUCCCGCGGCCCCGAAGCAGAGCGCUUCGUCCCUGCCUUGCGCCCUUUGCGGCACCGCCACUUCCAGGGCUGCAGCGCCGCGUUCCCGCUCGGGCGCCGCGGGUUUGGCUGCGUCGUAUCCCGACGUCCCCGUUGCGCCGCGGGGGGAUUCACCUCCCGGCCGGGUCGAGAGGUGCCGAAGCUCCCGGCAGCUGGAGCGGGAGUUGUGGUGCUCAGCGCUUCCCGGGCACCGGGGCGCGGGAGGCUGCACCCUCGCAGCCCCGCUCCCCUCCCUGGGCCGUUGCAGUAUUAAUUGCCCCUUUUAAUUGCACUCGGCGGGGGGGGGGGGCUGCAGGAUUUGCUGCUCUCUCGUGUUGGCUUCUCCCGGAUUUAGCCACAGCCUUAAGUGCCCCCGAGGGCGGCUUGUAACGACUCCAAAGUGUAGAAACCCUGACAGCAAAUCUGAGAAGUAAGAAAAUAACCAAAGCAGCCCUGAGUUUUUCCUCCUUUAUUUCCUUUUUUUUUCUCCCCCCCACUCUCUUUGUUCUUCCUCCUCUGGACCCUGUUCAACUGUGUGGAACUUAAAGCCAUGGAAUUAAAAAUAUAUGUGUGUGUGUGA